GACCAUUUUUUCGCGCCAUCUUCUUUAUUCAUUUCCCUCCAACUAGCAAGAACCCUAGAUCGCCAUGGAAGACCAAAUUAGAGCUGAAUUCAGAAAGAACAACUUCGUUCUAGUCGAAGAAGAAGCAAUACUGCAGAAAUGUGUCACGUUUUGCAUAAAUUACAAUCUCAGUCCGUCGGACCUUGUUUCGAGCUGGGAUCUGUACUCUAUCAACAGACAGCUAGAAUUAAUAGUAUCAGACGCUCAUAUGGAUGCAUUCAGACAGCAACUACAAAGUGAACAGAAACAGGCUAUUAUUGAAAAAGAGCAAGGGCUACACUCAUACACAGAUGUCACGAUGGAGAUUGACGAUGAUAAUGAAGAUGCUAAAGAGGUGGUCCCCGCUUCUCCAACUGUUCAAAAAGACGUUAAUUUAGAUUCUUUUGACGUGACGCCUCUCACAAAUGGGAAAAUACAUUCUUUGGGGAGACCUUUAGAACUAGUCACGCCAUUUGGGCAACGAAAGGACAAAUUUGUGGUACACUCCACACUCAAUAACCUACCCACAGUCGAUGAUAUUAAAAAGGAACACGGUGAAGAGAAUUCCGACGAUGAUGUCAUCAAAAGGGUACAACCCAUCAAAAGGUGUUCGCUUGAAAUUAUUGGUUCCCAGCCUGCACGGGGAUGUAGGUACAUGUAUGACAGGAUAGAAGAUAAGUUCAAUUAUCUUGAAGAUCGGAUCAUGAAAUAUUCAGAAGCACUGGUUGCAUCCCAGCUUUAUGAUGAACUUGUGGAUCCUUCUGUUGCUUCACAAAAAACUAUAUUCUCUGUUGGCAUGAUUUGCUGUGAAGAAGAAGGCCGUUUAAAGGAAAAACCAAUCAUGCUCCAAAGCAGUGUUGAGCAUUCCGGAGGACAACGUGUGCGUCUUGAAUUACAAAAAUUGGAGCAGUUUUCUAUUUUCCCAGGCCAGGUGGUGGGUGUUGAAGGUCAUAACCCCAGUGGACACUGUCUGAUUGCAACAAAAAUCGUAGAUUACGUACCAUUGUCGGUUCCUGAUGAUACUUUUCGUGAAACGAAGAGACAAGCUGUGGAUCAGGAUAACCAGCUUGUUGAUCCAUCUGAUGUGUCAUCAGAUCUAUCACUGAUUAUUGCUUCGGGUCCUUUUACCACAACUGAUAAUUUAUUCUUUGAGCCUCUAUCUGAUCUUCUAACAUAUGCACGACGAAAGCAGCCCCAGUUGCUUGUACUGUUAGGACCGUUUAUCGAUUCUGAACACCCCGAGAUCAAGAAAGGAGCUUUAAACAAGACCUAUGAUGAAUUAUUCCGUCUUGACGUUCUUAAAAGGCUACAAGAUUAUGUGGAAUAUAUGGGUUCUGCUGCACGUGUGAUUCUGGUGCCAUCGGUACGUGAUGCACAUCAUGAUCAUGUUUUUCCUCAGCCCGCCUUUGAUAUCAAUCUAGCUGAUAUAAAUGAUCAGAUUACUUGCAUUACAAAUCCCGGAAUCAUUUCAGCAAAUAAGGUGAAAGUAGGCUGCUGCAGUGUGGAUGUACUGAAACAACUUAGUACAGAUGUGGUGUCGCGGGGGAUCAAGAAUCGAAUGAAUACGCUAACAAACCACCUUCUGAGCCAACGCAGUUUCUAUCCGCUAUACCCACCUGCGGAAGACACUCCUGUGGAUUUAUCACUCGCCCCAGAAGCUUUUCAAAUGUCGGUUAUUCCAGAUGUUCUCAUCGUCCCUUCAGACUUGACGCAGUUUGUGAAGGUUUUGAGCCUUGAGGGAACGAGUGAAGUGAAAUGCAUAUGUGUGAACCCAGGAAGAUUAGCUAGAGGUGAAGGCGGUGGUCAUUUUGUAGAAGUUAAUUUCCAUGGUAGUCCUGAUUCUUCGUCUGCUUCGGUUAUUCGAAUAUAGAAGAAUCCUCGAGCAAAAGUCAGCUGAAAGUAUUACAGUUUCGGUAGCAAGAACAUCAAUUAGUUCCAGAAUGUUUUUAAAUUCUUGCUAUUUUUUAAUGUUUCCAGGACAACUAUUUUAUGUGUAACAAGUUAGUAUCAAGUUGUAAUUAAUAUUGCUUGAGUAAGUUAUACUGAUUGUGUUAAGGCCAUAAUUCGCUUC